UUUUCCUCUACGGGGCUCACGGCCACACAGAGCCGAGCCAGCUAGCAGAGCUAGCUCAGCCCAACUAGAUGGCUCAGAUCAGAUCAGAUCAGAUCGAUCAGCUCCCGUAGCUGUCGGGGCCAGUCCGGACGGGACUAGCCGCAGGCCUGCCCCCGCCUCCGCCGCCUCCUGGCCGCCUCCUGGCCCCCUCUUGGCUGUCUCCGUCCUGCCUGCCUCCCUUAUCUCCCCCUUGUGCUCCCUCCCCGUGCUCCGGUUAUAAAAAGAGCAGGUUCCAUCCCUCUCGUCCUGUCGCUCUGUGGCAGCUGUCCUACGCUGCACUGUUGUUUCCUGCCCCCACACACCCCACCUCUGUCCCCAAUCCUUCCCGCCGUUCACGUCAGAGAGGGCCCUUAUCACAUUCCACCACAGUCUGUCACGUAAGCAUGUCAGAAAACAGAAAAACAAAAAGAUCCGGCUCCAAGCAGAGACACAAAGACUCGGCCUACUCCAAGUCGGGCUCCAGAGCAAACGCGUCGUCGGCAACGUCCAAGCAGCAGUCGCAGCGGUCGAAGCAGCAACCCCAGUUGUCCAGAAAGACACAGAAGCCAUUCUCCCCUUCGUCGUCGUCGUCGUCGUCGUCCGUGUCGUCCCUCUUUGCAAACAAUGCAGCGUCCUCGUGCAGGCACGAAGAUGCGGCUCCGGAGGAGCCGCUUGCCGUGAUCGACGCCUCGUCGUUGAUCUCGCUCUGCUCCCCGUUUGUGGUGCCAGAAAGCAGCCACAGACUAGCCCCCAACAGAUACGGCAACAGCACAGACAUCGACUUGUCCGUCAUCUACGGCUCGCUCAGCGAGAAGCCGCUUUGCCCAGCCGCCCCGGACUACCACAUGCUCGGCAAACAGAAACUCUUGUCCACCCUCAUGGACAACUUGAGCCUCAUCGAGAGCGACAGCGCCCUCGUCCGGCUGGAGGGCUUCUCCAUUGACAGCGGUAGCUUGUCCGAGUCCUGCGUCUUGAAUGACUCCGACUCUGAUUACGACUCCAACAUAGACUCAGACAUAAACUUGAUCGACGAGGCAAUCCUCUCCUCCAACAACAACCAAACGGUCCUGAUCCCUUCUGCAUUCGACAAACCAAGCACCACCCUCAGCGAAGUCAGAAUCAACAAUACCCCGCUUUUUUAACUGACAGAUAUUUACAGACUAUUUCUUAUCGUCAUCGCCCACCGCCUUCCGCCUUCCGCCUAUCGCUCCGUCUUCCUUUUACUUCUGCACGUUCCAUGGAUAUUUUUUUUUCUUUCUUUUUCUGAGUUAC